GCAAAAAUGAAAUAAAUAAAUAAAAUUAUAUAUUAUUCAAAAAGGAAAUUAAGCUAUUUACGCAGUAAGAAGCAAGUAUUGUAGUAUCGACGUAGCAAGACAGCGGAUAUUGUAAACUAAUCAACGAAACCAUUUCUACAUAUAUUUAUGAAUUUUUUCACAUUUCACAAGCCUUAUUGAACUUUAAGCUUUAAGCUAUCUUAGAAGCUCCAAAUAUAAAAGGAAACCCCCAAAAACAAAAAAAUAAGAGAAAACGUUCGCUCGUAGCUUUUGGCUCAGCGGCUUUUGUAUACGGCAGUUACUCGGCACCAAGUUUACACACACAUUAGCUACUAUAUAUAUAUAUAGAUACGUAUAUAUAAAUAUAAACAUAAAUACAUUUAACGGCAAUUUCUGAAGGCGUGCUUUAAAGCAAAAAUGGAUGAUAUGCCAGAUUUGUCACAUCUAACGCCACAUGAGCGCAUGCAAAUUGAGACUGUGCUGAUGCGUCAGAAACAGGAAGAAGAGGCACACAAUGAGAUUAUGCGUCGCAAACAGGAUGAGGUCGUCUCGCUGGAAAUGCAAAUUCGGCAACGAUCAGAGGAACAGAAGAAAUCCGGCAUUGAGUUGGGCGCAAUUUGUCAUAUCUGCCUUCAGACGAAAUUCGCCGAUGGAAUCGGACACAUUUGCCAUUACUGCAAUAUCGUCUGCUGUGCGCGUUGCGGCGGAAAAGUGACACUUCGCAGCAAUAAGGUGAUUUGGGUUUGCAUACUCUGUCGCAAAAAGCAGGAACUGCUCUCAAAGACUGGACAAUGGAUGAAUAAGGGUCAACAACAGGAUAGUUUCUUACGACGCAUUGAGCCCGACGGCAGUAGUGAUAUCUCGCAACAGGCCAUCGUCGAUCCACAUGACACCCUCGAUAAGCGUCCGAAACUGGAGCGCACACGCAGCGCUGCCGAAAAGGAAAAUCUGCCAAUGCAACGAACGGGUAGCGUCCUCCGCCGUCAGUAUUCACAACAAGAGACGCCUACAAAUCGACGUAUGUCGACCACAGACAGCGGCGUAGAUAUUAGUCCAGGGCAACGAACAAUGAACCAACAACAUCAAGCGCAGCAGCUGCAACAAUAUGGUGCGCAAGGUGGCCAACAGCAGAUGGGUGGUAGUGAUGGUCAACAGCUAUCUUAUCCUGAAGAUGAUCCGCGUUAUUAUCAGGGUGAACUGGACGGCUUGAUGCGGCAACAUCCGCACUUGGCUCAUCCGAGUCAAUUGCAGAAACAGCAGCAGCAGCAGCAGCCACAACAUGGUUAUCAUCAUCAACAGGCGCAACAGCAGCCGUUGCAAACACAGCAGCAGCCACAUGCUCAGCAAUAUCAACAGCAGCAACAGCAGCAGCAGCAACACCCACAACAACAACAAAAACUGCAGCAAUCAUCACUGCAGCAACAACAGCAGCAGCAACAAACCCACUUGGGAGCGCAGCAGCGUGCGAUGCCGCCACAUCAGCAGGCGCAGCCGUUACGCCCACAAAUGCAGCCGCAUCAACAAAUGUCAACACAACGAGCGACCGGUGGCAUGUUGCAACAACAUCAACAACAGCAGCAUCAGCCGCAGCACCAGUCACAGCAGCAAAGGCUCCCUCAUCAACAUUCAUAUAAUCCGCAAAUGACCCAACUACCGACACCACCCAUGGGCGGCAGCGCGGGUGCUUACCAAAAAGCCGGGCAAUUGUCACGAAAUCUCACCAUAAGCGGUGGUCAUGCUAUGGAUACUGCACACUAUGCGCAACAACAACAACAGCAGCAGCAUCAGCAGCAACAACAACGACGACCAUUAGUGGGCACUCAGUACGGCCCGCCGCAACAACGAUCAUUUAGCAGCUCAGAGGAGGAAAUCCAAGCUCAUAUGUUGGCGCCACACAGCGCUGCCGAAUACGAUUAUGACGGCGUCUUACGUGAACCCUGGAAGCAACAGCGCAGUCUCAACGAACGUGAUCUCUUGAGCGUAACGAAUUCUUAUGGUGCCAAUGACUAUCGCUUGACAAGCACAAAUCGCCUUUACUCAUCAGCUGAUCGCGAUCGCUACGAUUUACAUCGCGAACGACUCGAACGAUAUCCACUCACACGAACUGCACGAUUGGAUGUGCAACAGCAAAACAUCUACAACAGAACGAAUCACGAUCGACAACAACCAGCAAGUGCAGUCUACGGGACACGGCGUGCGCCAUCUUCAGUCGCCGCUACGGCGACUACCGGCGGCGGUGGUGGUGGUAGUAGUAGCAACAGCAGUGCUAGUAGCUACCACCCACAUCACCAGCAGCAGCAACAGCAAUAUCACAAAAAUCCACAAAUCGUUAUUGAUGAUAAGCCACUGCCCGCAAGUGCUUACGAUCGUUACGGCAGCACACCCGGCAUUUCCGUACGGGGUGGUGGUGGUGGUGGUGAAGAGGGUAGUGCAAGGCGUAUUGGUGCUGCGGCUACACGUAGUCUCGGACGUGAUCGUAGUCUAAUGGCAGAUCCUUAUUGGGAUGAUGCCCAUUUGACGGGUAGUGGAGCGCAGGAUUCGAGACGUUACACGGAACGUAGAAUAAAGAAGACUGUACGUUUUGAUGGACACGAUGAUCCAUUGAUCACUACAUCGGCAACAAGUACAGCAGCGACAACGGCGAGUGUGAUGGCCGGCGCACUGGCACCGGUAAAACAGAUUUUACCAUCAACAGCUGUGGAUGUGGGUGCGGCCACUAUAUUGACCAGCGCUAAAUUGGGCGCAAAUGCAAACACUGCCAAUUCAAUGAGCAUUUCAGAUGCCGCCGGUGAUUGGACAUGUUGGGAUGCUGAACGUCAAGGUAGUCAAGAUUCAACAACCAAGGAUUCGGGCAUUGAGACGAGCAGUACGUUUACGAGUAGCGAAGACUCGAAUCGCGGCGAUGGUCCAAAGAUCGAUUUGAAUGAGCGUCGCUCGAGGCGCGAUAUGUCACCGCAAGGUCGUAAACGUGUAGCUGGUAUGGUAGCACGUGAUUAUCGUACGGUAUCUGGCAUUGGACAAAGUUAUCAUAAUCAGCAGGUGAGCACCGGUUACUUGCGUCGCAAUGGCGCCAUUACAGGUCCCAGUGGCAUGAGUCUCAGCCAACGUAGUCACUCAGCCGCACCGACCGACAGUUAUCACGGCGUGACCGGCAGUGGUCACAGUUAUUAUCGCAGCAGUAGCCCGCGACGCGGUUCUCUCUCACCGCCCGACGAUCGUUACAUAGACUAUCCAGUUCUUCCAAUACGCGCAACUGGUGCUGGUGGUGGUAUUGUUGCCGGCUCCGCGUACGGGCACACACUACCGAGUGGCGCAAGCUCUCUGUCGGCCAAUAUUGGUGGUGUUGGUUUAGGUGGUGCCACAACACAACAGGGCCGUUUUCAAUCGCGUUCCGCCACAGCCACACCAACGGGAUCGCCCAAAAAGCGACAACUACCACAGGUGCCGCAAACGUCACGCAGCGCUAUGCUACGCGAUCGCUUGGGUCAGGAAUUCGACGAACGACCCGGUGGCGGCCGAUUCGGGCGACAUCGUACGCGUCAAAUGCACCAUCAGGCUACAUACCGCAGCACCGGCAUGGGUGGUUGGGAGCGUCACUACACGGGCCUCUCGGACAGCGAUCUACAGUCGAUGGAAGCGCGUGCACGACCACGACACUCACUAUCACCCGACAAAGAUUUCAUGGGCGAGUUCGGUGACUCGGAUAUGGAGUCGGUGGUUAGUGUGACAUCGAGCGCCUUCUCUACACAAUCGGAACGGCCGCGUGGUUCACGAGGACUCAGCUUGCCACGCAAUUGGCGUUCACUAUACGGCGCCGACCCCAUGCCUGGCGGUGUCCCCACCAGCACGCUUGCUGGCCACCAUGCACAAGCUCGCGGGCGCGGGCGCGGCUUCUUUGAACGUUAUCGCGCCAAUACGAUCGAGGUCGAUGAUUGUGAUUUUUUACCAACCAGCCUCACCGGACUGCCGCUAACCGCUUACGACAUGCAGAUGCAGUCGCCGCCACAUUUCAAUGCAAUGUCACAGCAAAUGUUGCUGCUCGAACAGUUGGAGCAGCUGCAGCAGCUCGCCGAGUUGGCGGCAGCUGAUUCGCCACCGAAUACGGCAGCCUUGGUGGCGACGUCCAAUCCACACAACUUGCUAAGUACUGCAACAACGACAAAUACACCACCACAUCAUCUAUUGCCACCACACCGACAAUUGCUACAGCAGCAACAACAGCAACAACAACAACAACAACAGCAACAGCUAAUUGAACCAACACAACUGCCAAGCCAAGUGAUGAUGGGCGACAGUAGCGGCAACAUUUUGGUCGACCAUUUUAUGCACGAGCCGCCGGCGGGUGUAACGGUGAUACCGCCUACACCUCCACCCACAUUACCGCCGCCGCUGCCGCCGCCAGCGCACACAAUCAGCACACAACAACAGCCAUUACAUCCACAGUCACACCCCCAUACAUUUAAUCCGCAUCAGUAUUUACCACACAUACCGAGUUCCAUACAUUUCCCUGAGUUUUGGCCGCAUGCAGCCGAUUUCAGCCCCUUCACCGAGAAGAUUUUCCAACGUGAUAGCUCGCUAGGGUCUAGUAGCCACUAUCCAUUCUACGAUCAACUUCAGCGACUCACAUCGCCAGUAGUCAGCUUAUUUCGUCAUAGUCCGAGCUCAAGUCUAAAUACACCGACUGCUGCCGCGGUCAAUACACCACAUCAGCACGCUCAUUCCGUAUCAUCAUCACCCUCAUCGUACAUUGCCUAUGUGCGUGAUCAUUAUGACAAUACUUGUAGCCACUGCCAGAACGGUAGCCAACCGGUGGUCUUAUCGACCAAUGCGGCACUCACUACACCCGGCAUUGCCAUUGGCGCUUGCGACAAUCCCUUUUGCAUUGCCGAAUCCCAUCCACAUCCGCAGCAUCAUCCUGUCGCCUAUCCAUACACAGCUGAGCAAUUGCUACGUAGACCGUCAUUAUCCAUGUACCAGCCAUCGUCAGAGCCUUCACUGCCAACUAUGGAUCCGGCAAUUUGCGGCGAAUGUGUGGAUCAGCAUUUCGUGAGCGGUUUUACCGCACCACAAAUAGACUUGGGCGCUGUGCCCACCUAUCAUGUACAUACCCCAACGCCAACGGCGCACAAAAAGGCCAAGUCCUCACUUGCUCCGCCACCACAACUGCCCACACAAUCGGUACUGCGUCUCUCGCGUCAAUUAAGCGAGGAUGCUCUGAUAACAGCUGUGCCCAUUUCCGAAUCAAAGGCCCAGCCUACUUCAAUACUGAAAAAACCGAAAGUGGGCGUUCCGACGGGCGCAACUUUAGAUCGUCGAAAAAUGUUUCAAGAGGGACAGUCACGCUCCUUAGAUUAUGAUGAUUUACAUGCUAAAAGUUGGGGUCGUCGUCGCAUAAGAUACGAAGAUGAGAUAUACGAUCCGUCGCUGGAAGAACUCUCGCGUCGCUACGGCUCUGAAACAAAUAUACGACAAUCUUAUAUGGGCGCCAAUGUCGAUGCAGUCAAUCCGCUUAGUCACUCACAUUUUCUUGUCACCGACGAUAAAAUCGUCACCAUAACCUACGACUCGGACGUGGGCUGGACGCGACGCGGUGUUGCACCAUCUGUGUUCCACGAUCCCCGACGCCGAUUUGAUGGCCGCGAACGUAAUCACAUGUCAUUGAAUUUGCAACGCACCAAUCAGGAAAAGCUUUACGGCGCUGCACUGCCAUACCAAAAGAGGCGGCGCAAUCUACCGCAUCCACCAAGCGCACAAAAUGCUCACAACUUUUCACCCGUUGAAGGGUAUGACGACGACCCAAUGCUAAUGGAUCCCACCACACAUUCGUCUGCUACGCUGCCACCGCAUAGUGGCGACGCACCACCCAUGAAUGGCACAGGCACCGCUGAGCGACCGGGACCUAUUGGCGAACAUCGUGAUCCGCGCGAUCUCAGUCGCUCAGCCGGGCCGGGCUCGUCACCAAGUCAGGCACGUCAUCAUUCAUCGAUUGUCUCGAAGCGCAGUAAAUCAUCAAUGGCCACCGGCCGUACACGAGUAGAACAGUUACAACAUGAAUCGGGGAGUGAUCGCAGUAAUCUCGUUAGUAUAAAUGACCAACCCGAAUAUUUUGAAUACGAUGAUUACGGUGAUCCCUACACAGACCCGCACACUAGUAGUGGUAGUGGUAAUCGUAAUUAUGCAACAAAUGCUAGUAGUGGUAGUUAUGUUAGUAGUAGUGGUAGUGUUAGGCAAAAAGGGAAAGAAGUUUCAUACGGCGCGGAACAACAGACGAAAUCUAGUAGUGGGAGUGGUAGUGGUGGUGGUGCUUCUUCUACUGCUGCUGCUGGUAAUAUCGUCGUCGGUGGUAAUAUUUCUAAUAAUGCUUCUUCUUCCUCUUUUGCAAAUUCCCAUCAUGGUGUCGCUAACUCCACAUCACCUAAACGUGCCUCAUUGAAACAUACAAAUACAAUUAACGACGCUAACCGAAACGUAAACGUUGACGGAACUACUACAACAACAACAACAACAUCAACAUCAACUACAACUACAAAUCCCAUACAAACAACAACUACAUCCACAAACAUCACAACCACAUCAUCGUCGAAUACAACAACAACAACAAAACCAACAACGCCGUCAACAACGUUAACAACCUCAACAACAACCGCGACGACAACGACGACGACGACAACAACAACAACAACAAAUCCUGCUGCCACAACAACAAAUACCGGUGAUACAACGACUUCCGCUGGCGAUGCCGCCGCAACGGAUGAUGCCGACGCGCCACUUGACGUCAUCGAUUGGGAUGCCAUUGACGCCAUGUUGGAUGAUGAUUUCAGUGAAUAUGAUAAAGAUAAGAACGGUGGUGGUGGUGAGGAGAAGAAGGACGAUGCCAACUUUAGUCAGAGUGUAGAUGAGAAAGUUGAUGGCAGCUUAUCCGAUACAGCAACGGAUCGGAAAAAAGGCGCUGUAGAGCAAGAGCGUUCACCAAAGGGCGGCAGUGGUAUGGGUAAAAAAUCCAACUCCACAUCACAGUUAUCAGCUACAGGUCGUAAAAGACGUAUGGGCUUUGGAAAGAAGGGUAAGAACUCAUUUACGGUGCACCGCAGUGAAGAAGUUCUGCCAGGUGAGAUACGUGGGGCAUUGUCGCGCGGCUCGUCAUCCGAAGCCGAUGGCGGCGAAGCUUUAGCUGAUGUCGGCGCCGGCACUGGUGGGGAAAGAUUUUCGCCCUCUCUACGUGGCAAUGAUGGUCAGCUGUCGGAGUUCAUAGACGGUUUGGGACCAGGACAAUUGGUGGGGCGUCAAGUGUUGGGCGCACCAUCGCUGGGUGAUAUACAGUUAUCGAUGUGCCAUCAAAAGGGUUUCUUGGAGGUAGAAGUCAUACGUGCCAGAGGCUUACAGCAAAAGCCGACGUCGAAAAUGCUUCCCGCUCCAUAUGUUAAAGUGUAUUUGGUUUCGGGUAAACGUUGUAUUGAUAAGAUGAAAACAUCGACAGCCAGACGCACGUUGGAUCCGCUCUAUCAGCAGCAAUUGGUAUUCAAACAGCCAUACCAGGGAUGCAUUUUGCAGGUGACCGUUUGGGGUGACUAUGGCCGCAUCGAGAAGAAAGUAUUUAUGGGUGUGGCACAAAUAAUGCUCGACGAUUUAAACUUAUCGAAUAUCGUUAUCGGCUGGUACAAACUAUUCGGAACAACGUCACUGGUCAGUUGUCCCACUAAUUUAGGUCUAUCUAGGCGCUCAUCAAUUGCAUCACUUGACUCACUCAAACUGUAGAGCACACGCAAGCAAACUGAAAAACAAAAACACUGUAGU